AAAACGCCAAACCGUCAGUUCGAACACAAAACCGGCGAUUCGAACCGGAGUUUACGGUUCGGAAAAACCGGUUUCAGUUUUGGUUCGGCGGCAGGUUCGAAACCGAUUGGGCUAAGUCUACCCAAAUCAAUCGAAUUUCAUUACCUAACCCCGAUUCUAAUAUCGAUUCGCUCCCCUUCUGCUUCUCAAACUGACGCCUCUGCUCGACUCUUCUCCAUCUAUCGCUACUGCAUUCGGCUUCAUCGUGUUUUAAUCUUGAAUUGUUGUUGUUGUUGUUGUUGUAAAUUUUCAAAGCCGAGGGUUUUUUUCAGUAGCUAUCACGAUGUGACUGAUUUUGCUGGUUCUUGUUGGAAAAGAUAUUGGUGAAAUUGAUGAUGACGCAAUAGAAAAAGGGAAUAAACUUACUACAGUCGAAGUUGCUGGGGAAAGGAAUGAUUCCCUGCCAAUUUUAGCUGUAUUGCCUCUCUGAUUAACUCGUAGCUCUUCAGUCUCAAGGCGCGCUCACCAUCCUGCUAAUGGAAAAUCCAACAUCAAGAUUACUUGGGCAACAACCGUCCAAGGAUAACCCAACCCAUGGUCCACAGAUCAUGCUUAGCUCGACUGUGAAUAAAGGGGGCCCAUCUGCUUCGGAUGAAUUUAAGUAUGGAUUCCCAUCAGCUGGUCUGUCCAGCGUCUCGAUGAGAUGGUGGGGAAACAAAGGUGCUCCUAAGAAUAAGGAUCAACAAAAUGGUCGUGAAGAUGCCAAGGAAACUAAACAACAAAGAGUCGAUGAAGAUGAUAAGGAAACUAAACAAGAAAGUGUCGAUGAAGAUGAUAAGGAAAAUAAACAACAAAGAGUCGAUGAAGAUGAUGAGCAAACUAAACAACAGUGUAAUGAAUCGUUGGAUGAUGCUGCUAAGUUGUCACAGGAGAAUGAAGACGAGAGUGAAUGCAAGACAAACGAGACGGAUGCAGCAACUCGGUGGGCAAGUUUGAGGAAGAAGGCAGCCGAAGAAGGGCGGCGAGCUCUUAAACUUGGUGUAUAUAGAGGAUACAAUGCGAAAACACUCGACAAGGCGAAGAAAAUGGUGCUGCUUCAGAUAUUCAAGACUUCUGUGGGGGAUUGAAUGUAAGAUUUCUGUUGAUUAGGUGAAUCCAUUUCAAAAUGUUUUAUGGGGAAACAGAUGUAAUGUUUAAUUCUAGUUUUGAAUCUGGAUUAGAUGCUAAACCUAAGACUAUGGUUAAGGUUUCUGAGUCAUUUUUUUUUAAAUAAAUAAAUAAAUAAUUACCAUGCAACCUCACGAUUCUAUAAAAUAUACU